CGCAAUCCCAUCGUUUUCUAUCAAAUCGCGAGAACAUAAAAUCGCGAGCGCCGAACAUUUGUAAUAAUUCCAUAAAGUAUACAACUGUCAAAAAAUAAUAGCGAAGUUUUAGAAUCUGCGAAGGAAGCUUCUCGCGAUUUUACGCGGAUAUUAAUUCCUUGCGUUUAUUAGGAAUCUGAGUAAUGGCGAUAUUGUAGCAUAGAUGUUUGGUUUUUUUUUCUCAACAGGAUUUUUAUCCAUUUUCAGGGUCCAAAUACAAUUGGAAGAUGGCCAAUGUGUUUUCAUUGACGAAGACCUUGCUAAAAUCUAUUUAGCUGAAGAUGGUGAUCCAGAGACAAAAAGGGCAAUCAGAGAUGCAAUUCUAGCAUGCCGUAAAUCAAAUUCGACUUCACCCGGUACAUUGGAGACCAUUCCUAUACGCUCAUCCUCAUCUGAAUCCCCGUCAUCUGGUCCUUCACCACCCUCCAGCGUCUCUACUUCCAGUUCCGACUCGCAGCAGACCAUGCAUGUUUGGAAUGAAAGUGAAGAAAGAUUCUUAAUCGAUUUAAGGCUGCAGAGGGAAGAGAGAUUUUUAGGCACCAAAUCUCACGAUUUUUUGUGGGGAGAAAUAUCAUCAGAAAUGAAGAAAAAUGGUAUACAUGUUUCCAAAACACAACUUAUCAACAAAUGGAAGGCGUUGAAAAAGAAAUAUAAAGAAGUAAACGAUGAGAACAAUAAAACUGGAAAUCAAAAACACUCCUGGAAAUACUUUGAUCAGUUCAGUGAAGUUUAUGGCAACAAGGCAUCCACAAAUGUAAGCGUGUCCUUCGACACAGGACGGAGAGAUAAAAUGAAAAUCAACAUAGAUAGCAAAGAUGAAGAUAUUUCACUUGUUCCAGAGAAAGAAAAGCAAUCCACAUCUAGUGACACAGAUUCCAAAUCAACAGCUACAGGCACAAAGCUGAAAUCUAAGGAGCGCAAAAUGUCCGACAGCACAAAAUUGAUAGAAAAUAUUCAAGAGCAAAACAGAGAGCUUAUGAACUCCAUGGAAAAGCACCAUGAGGAGAAAAUGCGCCGAAUAGAUCGUAUGCUAGAACUAUUGGAGAAGUCCUUGGACAAAUAAUUCACCUCAUGUAUUUUUUCCCCAUCUACAAAGUGUGUACAGGACUGGCAAAGUCCCAGUUUUUAGUUUUCUAUGAAGAAGUCUUCAUUAUUUUCAGCAAUUUCAGUUGCUGAACACCACACAGGGACCUGAAGUGUGGAUAGCGUGUAUAGAUCUUAUGUACAUACCCACUCACCCCCCCCCCCCCACCCACACACACACACCCUUUAGACCCAAUGAAUUUUUUUUAAAAUAUAGAAUCAAUUAAAAAAAAUCAUUUCGUCUAAAGGGGGGGGGGGUAUAUACAUAAGAUCUAUACAAGCUAUCCACACUUCCGGUGCUUGUGGAACACCAUACCAUUCAUUCAUUUUAUUUCUCCAAUGGUUGUGAUACAAUCAGUGAAGGUCUUAUCAUAUGUAAUACUACAACAAAUUAUUUCAAAACGAAAUUAUUGUUGUAUUCUAGUUUCAAAAUAAUG